GGAAGGGCCUUCCGGUGUCAUGGAGCCGCGGUGACCAUCGUAAGUGCGAAGCUGAGAAGACCUCGUUGAUUAGAACGCCUUGUUCUGUGAUUUCUCCUGGCUGCCGGUUGCAUUGGAAGGGUCCUGGGAGACCCUGAAGCACGCAAUGGCAGGAACAGUGCUGGGUCCGCAGCAUGCAGACACUGUGCUGUGACACCGCUGCCCCACGGUCCCUUCCUGUGCGGCCCAGGCGGAGGGUCUCCCUAUGCAGUUCAGACCAGUCUUGAGCUCACUUUGUAGCCCAGGCUGGUCUCAGACUUGCAAUGAUCCUCCUGCUUCAAUCUCUCGAGUGCAGGGAUUACAGGAGUGCCCCACUACACCUGGCUCUCGCUGUCUUAUUUAUAAGGAGCCAGUGACCUUGGAGGAUAUAACUAUGAAUUUCACCAUGGAGGAGUGGGCUUUGCUGAAUCCAUCCCAAAAGAAGCUCUACAGAGAUGUGAUGUGGGAAACAUUUAUGAAUAUGACUGCUAUAGAAAGUACCUGGGAAAACCAGCAAAAUGAAGAAGAAUACGAAUGUUUCCCAAGAAACCUAAGAAAUGAAGAGGUGGUAAAAUGGCAUCAACACAAACCUUGGAAUCAAUAUGAAAACCUAUUCCUUUGUGCUUCUGAUGCUAAUAUGGACAUGCAGCAAGCUGCUUUAAAGCAAGUUGAAAACUUUGCUUGUAGAGAGCCCCUGCAUAUAUCACAAAAUGAACCCAUUUUUCCUCACAUUGACCUGAAGCCAGAUGAAUAUUUGGGAUUUGAUGACCAGCCAUAUAUAUUUAAUGAUCAUGGAAAAAUCUGUAGUGAUCUCCAGUCCUUUCUGAAGCAUGUAAAGACACAAACAGGAAGCAUGUCUUAUCAAUAUGAGCAACAUGGCCAAACCUGCCCAGAACAGAGCGAGAGACCUCACCUCGAAAAGAACAUUAUUGUAGGUAAGAAAAAUGUGAAUGCCUCGAGGACUCCCAGUGGUAUUUACACUGGGAAGAAACCUUGUAUAUGCAAGCAGUGUGGGAAAACAUUCCAUACUCAAUUUUGUUAUAAAAUUCAUAUAAGAUUUCACAUGGAUGAGAAAACCUAUGUAUGUAAGCAGUGUGGGAAAGCAUUCAAUAGACACCAAAACUUUGAAAGACAUAGAAGAAUUCACACUAGGGAAAAUCUAUACGUAUGUAAGCAGUGUGGAAAAGCAUUUACUACAAAGUAUUCUUGUAACAUACAUGAAAAAAUUCAUACAGGAGAGAAACCUUAUGUUUGCAAGCUAUGUGGGAAAGCAUUCACUACGCAGAUUGCCUGUAAAAUACAUGCAAGAAUUCACACUGGGGAGAAACCGUAUGCGUGUAAGCAAUGUGGGAAAGCAUUUAGCACACUCAGUUACUGUAAAGUACAUGAAAGAAUUCACUCAGGGGAAAAGCCCUAUGUGUGUAAUCAGUGUGGAAAAGCAUUCCACACUCACAAUUAUUGCCAACGACAUAAAAGAACUCACACUGAAGAGAGACGUUAUACCUGUAAACAAUGUGGGAAAACAUUCACUACACAAAGAUAUUGUCAAAUACAUGAAAGAACUCACACUGAGGAGACACCUUAUGUGUGCAAGGAAUGUGGAAAAGAAUUCACUGGAAAAAUUUCUUACACCAGGCAUGAAAAAACUCACACAAGGGAGAAAACUUAUGUGUGUGACCAGUGUGGAAAAGUAUUCCCUACACACCAUGCUCGUAAAAUACAUGAAAGAACUCACACUGGGGAGAAACCUUAUGUUUGCAAGGAAUGUGGGAAGGCAUUUACUAUGCAGAAUACUUGUAAAAAGCAUGAAAAAACUCACACUGAUGAGAAACCUUAUGUAUGCAAAGAAUGUGGAAAAGCAUUCACUAGAAAGUAUUCUUAUGAAAGACAUGAAAGAAUUCACACUGGUGAGAGACCUUAUGUGUGUGAGGAAUGUGGAAAAGCAUUUCCUAGCAAAUUUUCUUAUAAAAGACAUGAACGAACUCACACUGUUGGGAAACCUUAUGUUUGCAAAGAAUGUGGCAAAGCAUUCACUACAAAGAGUUCUUAUAACAAACAUGAAAAAAGGUCACACAGUGAAGAAACCGUAUGUGUGCAAGCAAUGUGGAAAAGCACUCACUGCAAAGAGUUAUUAUAAAGAACAUGAAAUAUUCACACAGGGGAAAAACCAUAUGUUUGCAAGCAAUGUGAGAAGGCAUAGUUUCAUCAAACGCAUGAAAGAACUCACAGUGGAGAGAAACCAUAUGUGUGUAAGGAAUGUGGGAAGGCAUUCUCUGCUCACCUAUGCUGUCAAAUACAUGAAAGAACUCACACAGGUUAGAACUCCAGCAUGUCAGCCUUGUGGCAAAAGGUUUGUUUGUAGAUCCUCAUUAUAUAUAUAUCAUCCUACGUAGGAACCUUUUGUAUUUAAGCAAUGUGUGGAAAACAUUCAGCGAACACUUUUUAUCACCUACAUGAAAAAAAGUUACACUAGGGAGAAUCCCCUAUAUAUGUGAGCCCAUUUUGAAAAUUGUAUAAAAAUUCGUCAUAUAGUAGAGACCUGUACAAAUUAAAUGAAAAAUUCAGUGUCACCAUUUCUUCAUAAAUUUUCCAGAAAAUACACUCCCAGAUGGAGAUAUCCUAGAAUAUAUUCCUCCUGUGUUUUUCAGUAAAUCACUUGUAAAUGUGAGCUAAGUAUGAAUAGUUUUUAUUAUAAAAAUUUGACAUAAUAUAUUUUUGUGUAAGCCAUUGUCUUUUAACUUAAUAUAUAGGGUGUAUAUAUAUACAUAUAUAUAGUAUCUUCUAAUUAACAAGAAUUAAAUUUUAUUUCUUACUUCCAAAUAAGAUUAGUAUGUGUAUAGUUUUGAUUUUGUUUUGUUUUUGGUAUUGAGAAGUAUAGACCACUAAAAAACCCAAAUUUUAAUGUUUUUUUAAUUGAUGGGAUUUCUUACUAGCUUUGAUUUUAGUUUUCAUGGUGUGUGUAUUUCACAUUCUUUGUAAAAAAAUUCAAAAUAUGAUACAUAUAUGUAUGCAUAUUUAGAGACAUGUGAACAUGUGUUUUUGAAAAAUUGAAUUGUUUUCCACACCUUCUGUAGAUUAGCAAAUGUAUGGUGUAUUAUAUUGUAAUAGAAUACUUGAAUAUAUCCCAGCAUCGUUAUAUCAAUUAUGUAAUUUGAUCUAUGUUGCUUUCAAGUCUUGGUCAGUAUUAUGAUUUACAUAAAAUUUUGAUUUUUUCCCAUCAGCAUUUGGCUUUUCUGCUUGUAUUGUUAUGACUUCAAAUUUGUUACAAUUUUAUGACUGUAAUACACUAAAAAAAGUAAACCAUACUGCUGUU